UCCCCCGUCCACCUGCUCUCCCCUUCCCCCGCGUGACCCGAGCUGACCCUCCCCUCCCCCUUCCUACCCCCCAGCAGCGGUGGCCGCGGCCACUGCUGUUGUCACCCACCAGCCGCCUGUCCCGCUUGCCCUCAUUGCCGCAGGGCUUGCAGGGCCAGGGACAGGCAGCCACCUUCUGACUGCUGCCACCACCGCCAUGCUGGCCGUUCGCCCACCCCACUGGGGGCCCCACCGCGCCCCAGCCCCCCGUGGGCCCGGUGCCAGCCCUGACCAGGGUCUCAGCGGCGGUGGCAGCCGAGGUGCAGGAUGCGAGAAGGCGCCCCCCGGCCGGGCUCCCGCUCCAAGCCUCACACCCCUGUGGCCCUCUGAGCCCACCAUGGCCGUCCCACCAGGCCAUGGCCCCUUCUCUGGCUUCCCGGGGCCCCAGGAGCACACACAGACAUUGCCUGAUGUGCGGCUGCUGCCUCGGAGGCUGCCGCUGGCCUUCCGGGACGCCACUUCAGCCCCCCUGCGCAAGCUGUCUGUGGAUCUCAUCAAGACCUACAAGUACAUCAAUGAGGUGUACUAUGCGAAGAAGAAGCGGCGGGCCCAGCAGGUGCCACCCCAGGACUCAAGCACCAAGAAGGAGAAGCGGGUCCUGAACCAUGGUUAUGAUGACGACAACCAUGACUACAUUGUGCGCAGUGGGGAGCGCUGGCUGGAACGCUACGAGAUUGACUCUCUGAUUGGCAAAGGCUCCUUUGGCCAGGUAGUGAAAGCCUAUGAUCAUCAGACCCAGGAGCUGGUGGCCAUCAAAAUCAUCAAGAACAAAAAGGCCUUCCUAAACCAGGCGCAGAUUGAACUGCGGCUCCUGGAGCUAAUGAACCAGCAUGACACGGAGAUGAAGUACUACAUAGUGCAUCUGAAGCGGCACUUCAUGUUCCGGAACCACCUGUGCCUGGUGUUCGAGCUGCUGUCCUACAAUCUGUACGACCUCCUGCGAAAUACACACUUCCGGGGCGUCUCGCUCAACCUGACCCGGAAGCUGGCGCAGCAGCUCUGCACGGCUCUGCUCUUCCUGGCCACACCCGAGCUCAGCAUCAUCCACUGCGACCUCAAGCCGGAGAACAUUCUCCUCUGCAACCCCAAGCGCAGUGCCAUCAAGAUCGUGGACUUUGGCAGCUCCUGCCAGCUUGGGCAGCGGAUCUACCAGUACAUCCAGAGCCGCUUCUACCGCUCCCCGGAGGUGCUCCUGGGCACACCCUACGACCUGGCCAUCGACAUGUGGUCCCUGGGCUGCAUCCUGGUGGAGAUGCACACCGGGGAACCCCUCUUCAGUGGCUCCAAUGAGGUGGACCAGAUGGGCCGCAUUGUGGAGGUGCUGGGCAUUCCACCAGCCCCCAUGCUGGAGCAGGCCCCCAAGGCUCGCAAGUACUUUGAGCGGCUGCCUGGGGGUGGCUGGACCCUACGAAGGACAAAGGAACUCAGGAAGGAUUACCAGGGCCCCGGGACACGGCGGCUGCAGGAGGUGCUGGGCGUGCAGACGGGCGGGCCCGGGGGCCGGCGGGCGGGGGAGCCGGGCCACAGCCCCGCCGACUACCUCCGCUUCCAGGACCUGGUGCUGCGCAUGCUGGAGUAUGAGCCUGCCGCCCGCAUCAGCCCAUUGGGCGCCCUGCAGCACGGCUUCUUCCGCCGCACGGCCGACGAGGCCACCAACACAGGCCCGGCAGGCAGCAGUGCCUCCACCUCCCCCGCGCCCCUCGACACCUGCCCCUCCUCUAGCACCGCCAGCUCCAUCUCCAGCUCGGGAGGUUCCAGUGGCUCCUCCAGUGACAACCGGGCCUACCGCUAUAGCAACCGAUAUUGUGGGGGCCCUGGGCCCCCUAUCUCUGACUGUGAGAUGAACAGCCCGCAGGUUCUGCCCUCCCAGCCGCUGCGCCCCUGGGCAGGGGGCGAUGUGCCCCACAAGACACAUCAAGCCCCUACCUCUGCCUCAUCACUGCCGGGGACCGGGGCCCAGUUACCUCCCCAGCCCCGAUGCCUUGGCCGUCCCCCAUCACCAACCUCACCACCACCCCCGGAGCUGAUGGAUGUGAGCCUGGUGGGCGGCCCUCCAGACUCCCCACCUCACCCAGCGCCUGCCCCCCAGCACCUGGCUGCCUCAGCCCUCCGGACUCGGAUGACAGGAGGUCGUCCACCCCUCCCACCCCCUGAUGACCCUGCCUCUCUGGGGCCUCGCCUGGGCCUCCGUGGUGUACCCCAGAGCACAGCAGCCAGCUCAUGACCCCGCCCCCUCCCUGGGGCCCUUCCUGAAGCCAUACCCCCCCCAUCUGGGGGCCCUGGGCUCCCAUCCUCAUCUCUCCCCCUAGACUGGAAUUGCUGCUACCCAGCUGGGGCGGGUGAGGCCUGCACUGAUUGGGGCCCAGGGAAGGGGUCAAGGAGAGGGGUUUGGCCACACCCUCCCCACUAAGGACUGGACCCUUGGCCUCCUCUCCACCUUGUUUUCUAUUUAUUGUACCAAAGACAGUGGUGGUCCGGUGGGGGGGGGGGGGAACAACACUCCUCCUCGCCCCAGGGCCCUAGGAGGGGGUGGGGGCAGGUAGGGGGAGAUGGCCUUGCUCCUCCUCGCUGUACCCCCCAGUAAAGAGCUUUCUCACAUGCCUGCCUGAGCGUUUGCAGGGCCUUGGCUCCCCCUCACCCGCCCUCAGCCAUUGUGGGGAAGGGAGUGUUGGAAGAGCUCUGGUGUGGGUACGUCCCUUCCGGUAAAUUAAGAGUUGGUGCAGGCAUGGGGCUGCAGGAGGGGCUACAGGACCCUGGGCAUGUUCUGGGUAGGGUCCUAGCCCACAUUUGCCUUUUCUAUGACAUACAGACCCCCAAAGGGUGGAGGCCCCCUUAGGCUCACCUGUCUGCGAAACACCAUGUUCUGCCCUCUUAAGCCAGGGCUCGCCGAGGGGUUGCCGGCAGAGGCUGUUUAUGCCGGGCAGAUAUCCAGUGUAGGUGCCGUCGGGAAGCAGGCGUGCGGCGAGCACAGCUUAAGCCCAGCCCACGUCUGGUCCCACUCUGGGAUCGCUGUAGAACGAAGCCUUGAGAUUUUUUCAGGCAAAGAUGCUCCCUGGGUUCCAGGUAAGUAGCCUUGUUUCCAUGGCAAUCUGGGAACUUCCGUCUCUUCUUAGCCAAUCAGGAGCCGCCUGGUUCAAAGAGUACGGUUUCCGCCACUGGGGCGCAGCGCUCCCUGGGAAAUGGAGUUCUAUGCAGUGAUUUCUGUUUGCCUUUCCUUGGGGGAACUACAAAAACCAGAAUCCCCGGCACGCGCUUGGGGGUGGGGCUGUGAGGCAGCC